GCUGGUACAGAAACAAUCAUCAAUAUUUCUGCCAUAGAUGGAUUCCGGGAGGGUCACUCUUAGACCAUUCAGGGUCAGCGACGUGGAUGACUUCAUACUAUGGGCAGGCGAUGAUCAAGUCACUCGAAACAUCCGGUGGAAGACCGUCACCUCUAAGGAGGAAGCCUUGACCUUCAUCAAAGAUGUCUGCAUCCCCCACCCAUGGCGUCGGUCCAUAUGUAUUGACGACCGCUCCAUCGGCUUUGUUUCGGUCUACCGGUGGUCGGGCAACGACAUAUGUAAGGCGGACAUAGCGUAUGCGAUAGCUGCGAAGUAUUGGGGGCAAGGGAUUACCACCAAAGCAGUGAAGAUGGCUGUAUCAGAGGUGUUUAAGGACUUCCCUGAUCUGGUAAGGUUGCAGGCAUUUGCUGCAGUGGAGAAUAAGGCCUCUCAGAGGGUGUUGGAGAAAGCUGGGUUCACCAAGGAGGGUUUACUCAGGAAAUACACAUAUCUCAAGGGCCAAUUGAAGGAUUUGGUGAUAUAUAGUUUCUUGUCCACUGACAUAAGCGUGGCCGUGGAUGACGAACUACUGUAA